UGGUCGAUGACUGACAGGACAUUGAGCCAAUCAGCGCACGGAUUGUCAGGCGCAGCCGCCUAUCCGCAUUAGGUGGGCGUAUCUAACCGCGGCACUGCAGGAACCCGGUGCUGCUUUCGGUUUUUGAAUAACGAGACGACGUAACCGGAGCCAGGAUGUCUAUUAUGUCGUAUAACGGUGGGGCCGUCAUGGCCAUGAGAGGGAAGAACUGCGUGGCCAUCGCCGCUGAUAGACGCUUUGGAGUCCAAGCCCAGAUGGUCACCACUGACUUCCAGAAAAUCUUUCCCAUGGGGGAUCGCUUGUACAUCGGAUUGGCCGGGCUAGCGACAGACGUGCAGACUGUGUCCCAGCGUCUGAAGUUUAGGUUGAAUCUGUAUGAGCUGAAGGAAGGACGUCAGAUUAAACCGAAGACUUUUAUGAGCAUGGUGUCAAAUCUGUUGUAUGAGAGAAGGUUUGGCCCUUACUAUAUUGAACCGGUUAUUGCUGGACUGGACCCUAAGACCUUUGAGCCAUUUAUCUGCUCUCUGGACCUGAUUGGAUGUCCCAUGGUGACUGAAGACUUUGUAGUGAGUGGAACAUGUUCAGAGCAGAUGUAUGGCAUGUGCGAGUCUCUCUGGGAACCAGACCUGGAACCAGAAGACUUGUUUGAAACCAUUUCCCAGGCCAUGCUAAAUGCUGUGGACAGAGACGCUAUUUCUGGAAUGGGUGUUGUUGUACACAUCAUAGAAAAGGAUAAAAUUACCACCCGGACACUGAAGGCGCGUAUGGAUUAACUUUUGCUGACUGUGGACCCCUGGGAUGAUCAAUAUGACUUUUUUAAAUUAAAGAGAAAAAAAAAGGAAAA